AUGGCUACGGACGAUGACAACUUCGACAUUGACAUCUACGGCGACGGCACCUACAAUGCCAAUGAGCCGGGAGAGUUCAAGCAGGAUGAUUCCGAGCUUGUUCUGGAUGCCCCCGAGAAUCAGCCUGAGCCCACUACCGGAUCAUCCAACGCUGCCAACCAGGAGAACCCUACUUCCACCCAGGGCCAGCAAGUGAACAACAAUGGAGCUCCAUCCGCGCCUCAGCAGCAGACACCCAACCACGGUCUGCCUGCACCCCCGCAGGGAGUCAAGCGCAAGGAAUUCGAGGACCAAUCCGUUGACCCAGAUGCUACAACUGCAUUGCUGAUCUCGGAUCUAUCCUGGUGGACCACCGAUGACGACAUUCGAGGCUGGGCGAACCAGGCUGGUGUCGAGGACCAGCUCAAGGAUGUGACCUUCAGCGAGCAUAAAGUGAACGGCAAGAGCAAGGGUCAAGCAUUCGUUGAGUUCACCACAGCGCAGGCUGCGACCGCAACUAGGCACUACAUUGAAAGAAAUGACAGUCCCGCGCGCAGACACACCGUGCAAUACACCAGCCCCCACCAAAACCCGUUCCGCACUCUCCCUAAGGAUACUCCGAUGCGCAAUGCUGGCGGUCGCGGCGGCGGCGCUGCCCACAACACUGGUGGCAACUACGGCAUGAACAACCACGCUGGUGGCGGAUUCCGCGGCCGCGGCGGCGGCUUCAACCGCGGUAUGGGUCACAUGAACAACUUUAACAACCGCAACAACUUUAACCCCAUGGGCGGAUUCCAAGGUGGCGGUCCCAACCCCAUGAUGGGUGGCUUCCAGGGUGCCCCGAUGGGCGGUAUGCCCAACUAUGGUUUCAACAAUCGCGGCAACAUGAUGGGUGGUGGUAUGCGUGGUGGCAUGCGCGGCGGUCGUGGUGGAAGCAUGGGCGGUGGUCCGAACAUGAUGGGUAUGCCUGCUAUGACUCCCCCCAUGGGUGGCAUGGGCAUGAACCCGAUGGCUGGUAUGAAUCCUAUGAUGGGCGGCGGCAUGACAGGUGGCAUGACAGGUGGCAUGGGAGGCAACAUGCCAAUGCAAGCACAACAAGGUUUCCAGGGCCCCAACCAGGGAUUCAACCAGGGCUACUACAACCCUAACAACCCCAACAAUUCCAACAACCAGAAUCAGGCCAGCGGCAGCGGCUCCGACGGAGGUGCCUGGAACCCCCACGGCGCGAAGCGAAGCCGUCAAGACUAA